UAUCUACGCUUCGUUGGUGUUAAACUUCCGAAGCGAAAAUGGCUGCGAUCUGGUUUCUGGCUUUGACGCUAAUUGCAGGAGCUCAAUCAGCUUCGCCACCCACUCGUAUUGUAGGUGGUGAGCCCACUACCAUUGAGAAAUAUCCAAGUAUCGUCCAGGUUGAUUACCUGAAUCUUUUUACUGACAUCUGGUCCCAAUCUUGCGGCGGCUCUAUCCUCACCACCAGAUAUAUUCUUUCGGCUGCUCAUUGCUUCGAUGGCAGUUUUUACAACCCUAACUUACGCCGCAUCCGAGCCGGUUCGACUUAUCGCAACACCGGUGGCGUGAUCGCCUACGUCGAAGAUGCUUACAACCACCCAAGUUACGGACUACGGGGUUACGAUGGAGACAUUACUGUCGUCAAGCUCCGAAGUGCACUCUUCUACACUCCUGUCGUUCAACGAACAACAAUUGUAUCUCAGGGUUCUAUAAUACCUGAUAACUUCCCUGUUGUACACGCUGGUUGGGGCACAACUUCGCAAAACGGCAGUUCAUCUAGCGUGCUACGUGACGUAACAAUUUUCACUGUGAACAACACUGUUUGCGCUGAAAGAUACGCUGCGGAACCAGACAGUCCCCCUGUUACUGAGAAUAUGAUCUGCGCUGGACUGCUCGACAUUGGUGGACGAGAUGCUUGCAAUGGUGACUCUGGUGGUCCCCUGUACUUUGGAAAUAUCACCAUAGGCGUUGUCUCAUGGGGAGCUGAAUGCGCGAAUGCCACUUUACCGGGAGUCAGCACCAAUGUCGCAUCCUACUCUGAUUGGAUAUCUGCUACUGCAAUUUAA